CGGGGGCUGAGGAGGCGUCGGCAAGGUCCUACUGCGCCAGAGCCAAAUUGCUGUCCCCACCUCCGAUGUCAAUGCGCCGCCGCUGCUCCGUUCGGAUGCCGCGUCUGAGCGCCCCCAGCCCCUCCUUCUUGGGUCCGGAUUGACAGCAGACACAUACAUACUCCCUAGGCAUGCGAGACCAUUGCAACUGCAGCUUGCGCUCAUCCGAAGUCGGUCCUCUCGCUUUGCACUACCUACGAGUUUCUCUCUGCACAGCGCCUUACCGAGGUCGAGCAAGGCAUGGGGCUCGUCGGCGCCGUGCCGCCGAGGUUGAACGAGAUCACCUUCACCUUUCUGCGCUGCCCGACUCCUUGGUGUCCGCUGCACGGGAGAGAGAGACUGCGUUCAUGCGACUUCCGCAAAAGUCAGCUGCUGAAAGGGUGGCGGUGCAUUUGGGUUUCCCGAAGGCAGCAUCUCCCCUCAUCCCCGCCUACUGCCGUAAAGGUGGACAGAGGCACCGAGGAAGAGGAAGUGGAACGAUUGAUGCAACCGUGCAAGAGUGCGUAGAGACGGUCUUAUUUGCCACAAGUGUCCUUGCCACAGACAGGGUCCCGAUGAGGCUGCCUGGCGCUCCGCUUCCUUGCCCGAUCAUCCGCCUUGGCUGUCUGCAGCGGGCAGGCGGGGCAGGGGCGUAAGGGAGGAUGCCCUGGGCGGUGGUUGAAGUGCUUCGGCUGGCGAAGCGAAGCUGAGUUUAGCAAAAGAAAAGCUCCCCGGCUACUUCGGCAGAGAAGUACGCACUGUUUCCCGGGAAUGGCCCGGUGGUACUGGU